AUGUAUUGGGUUCUGAUGUAUUUAUUCCACCUCUUUCUAUAAUGUGUGGGUUUUGUGACGAUAGUAGAAAUGUUGGUGGAAUUUAGUGGCCUCUUUCUCUGCCAUUGGAACAAAGGUGUCUGACUUAUUAUCAGCACCUGUAAUUACUGAUUGAAAUUAUUUAUGCCGCCACCACAACCUCCUGGGAUCAGCCAGGCAACAGAGAGCUUGCAUAACAUGAGCAGACUACUGCUUUGGCCAGCGUAAUUGCUGUGCAUAAUACAAAUAGACCCGAUCCACCGCAUUUUCUCACUUCUGCUUCCAGACCCGAGAAGAAGAGCGAGAAAAGAAGAUCUCCAGAAGACUGCAGUCUUACCGAGAACGUCCUUACAAGAUACUCGGUGCCAAAGGUCAUCAUGUCCUUCCUCUCACGUGUGUCGAUGGUUGCACGAUCCCCGUGUUUACUUCAGAACACACCUGUGCUGACUGCCAGUCAUGGUGUUCGGAAAUUCUCCAGGUCAGUGACAAGAAACAAAGAUGGCGGCCCUUUUCCGCAAAAGAAGAAGGGCCUUCUGGAGCGCCACGUCUUCACCCAGGAGAGACGGGGUUACGUGUCAGCUGGGCCACGGACGCCGGAAGUCGUCAUAGAACACCCGGAAGCUGAAUCUGAGUACCGUUUCAUGGAGGACUUCAAGGUGACGGAUGACGUCAAAGCUGACUUCGAGAAGAAUGGCUACGUCAUCAUCAGGUCUCUCUUGAGUAGCGAAGAAAUAAAGAAACUGACUGCGGCUCUGGAGUCGGAUGAAGGACUGAAGACCAAGUCUUACGGGCGAGACGACACCCAGGGCAGGAAGACCAAGACGGUCAUGUGGAGCAAUGUGGGGAACGACAUCACCGGGGCUGUGGCCAGGACCGAGAAGGUGGCGGGAACUUUUGAACAGCUUCUUGGAGGUGAGGUAUAUCAUUACCAUUCUAAGGUGAUGAUGACACGGACUGGAGGCGCUCAUCUCUGGCACCAGGACUACGGCUACUGGUACGGGAACGGCUGUUUGUAUCCUACCAUGGGUACGGUCUGGAUCGCUGUCGACAAGGCCGAUAGGGACAAUGGGUGCCUUAAGAUCAUCCCUGGGUCUCACAAGGCUGGCAGAGUGGACCACGGCCUUACGGGUAACCAGGCUGGGGCGGAUCUAGAAAGAGUGUCGCAGUUGGAGAAGGCACUUGGACUGUUCCAUGUGGAGAUAAAUCCGGGGGACGCGCUGUUCUUCCACUGUAACAUCCUGCACCGCAGUGACCAGAACAGCAGCGACAGGCGCAGGUAAGCUCUCUCCUAUUGGCUGUUUGCUCGUGACGUCACGGCUAGCUGUAUGGUAAACGUCUGUUCUUAGCGUUUACAUGAAUGAAUGGCCACCGCCAUAUUUGACCCGAUACUGCGUAUUUUGGGAUACAAAGAUUUGUACAGUGCCAAGUUUGCCAGAAAUGUGGUCCAGAUAUGUAACAGAGAAUUAGCCAAUGGAGAUUUCGUGGCACAACUGUUACUGUUCAUUUCAACACCGUCACGAUUUCCAUGUCGACCAUGCACAGUGCCGGUUAACAUUGAAGUAAAGAAGAUAGAUGUCGGUGUCGGUGUCAUGCCAACAUUUUUUUAUUGGUCCUCCCUAGAAAACUACUGGAUGUCAUAUAACGUUAGUGUACACGGAGCAAACUUGCUACGGGGGUGAAGAGAAACGACAGGGCAACCUUGGGCAGAAACGGAGCUACGUGUAUUCCUUUCAAACAUCAGAGACAUCGACCAAAUAGCCAACUACAAGGCUGUGUGAUGACACUGAGUACUUGUUGUCCAUAUGAAUAUCUUGUUAUCCAUGAGCUAUCUCUGGCUUGUUGCAGAUGGUCCUUCUUCGUUGCGUACAACCGU